UGGCUUUUGAGCUCUUUUGUUGUAUUUAUUUCAGUUUUUGAUACAAAAGCUUUCAUCUUGUUCUUUACUUUUAAGUCCUCGUUGGUUCGUUCAUCAGCUGCUUCCAAUCACUUGAGGUGGCAAGGGUUCUACCCAAAUUGAGUUAUAGUCACCACCAACGGUUGCCGAACUCUCAUUUCAAUUUGGUGCAAGGGAGACGUAAAUGAACGCCAGCUUUGGGAGUUAUCUCUGUAAUCUUUAGGUGGACUUCUGGUCUUGACUUGUUGAGAUCUUCUUUUGCACCCGAACUCCUCUGAUGGGUUUAUUUCGGAGUACGAGUAUGAGAAGUGGGGACUACUUGGAAGGGAUGAUCAACGAUUAUGUUGCUGGAAAAGCUAAUAAGAUGAGGGCUCCUAAGAUUGCUUCUUCUCGCCUAGUUGCUGCCCUCACCUGUCUUCAAUUUGCCUUUGCACUGUAUGCUACCUUUCUUCUCUACUACAUGAGCCCUUCUGUAGAUCUACGCACCAAACCAGACUUCUCAUGGGCCACCCGCAUUGCUCAACAAUGGAAACAAUUCAUUGCACAGCCCCACACGCUCUCAACCAUGCAAGAAAACCCUAUCAUUAUCUCCCCUUCUGCGGUGUGUGAUCAUGAGCGGAUUGAUUUCUUCCAGAAGAAAUCAGAUGAUGCGCUAAUGAUAAGGCUCAAGAGGGAGCUUUACGAUGAAGUAUUGGAGUUUCAGAAGAAAAACUCGGGGACUGAAACACUUGCUGAGCUCAUGAGGAUGGAAUCCAAAUGGAGUCCGCGUGGUCCUAACGUACCGAAGAUUACUGUAAUUUUGAACCAUUUCAAGAGGAAAACACUUUGUGCUCAGCUUGAUUCGCUGCUAAAUCAGACAUUGCCUUUCCACCAUGUCUGGGUCCUUUCUUUUGGGAGUCCCAAUGAGCUCUCCCUGAAGAGAAUUGUUGAGAGUUACAAUCAUCCAAGGAUUAGCUUCAUCAGUUCAGGAUAUGAUUUCAAGUAUUAUGGAAGGUUUCAGAUGGCCCUGCAGACAGAAGCUGAUUUUGUUUAUAUUCUCGAUGAUGAUAUGAUCCCUGGGAAGAAGAUGCUAGAGAUCUUGGCUCAUGUAGGAGGGACAGAGAAGUACAAGAAUUCUGUUUUGGGGAGUAUUGGAAGAAUUUUACCUUUCAGGCAGAAGGACUUCACUUUUCCAAGUUAUAGAAAGUUCCGGUCGAAGGAGGCAGGGUUGUAUUUGCCCGAUCCUGCCUAUGACAUCACUGUUGAGAGAAUCGUGCAGGUGGACUUCUUGUCAAGUUCAUGGUUCCUAUCUGCAGAACUUGUUAAGGCAUUGUUUAUAGAGACCCCCUUCACCUUUAUGACUGGUGAGGAUCUGCAUCUCAGCUAUCAGCUUCAGAAGUACAGAAAUGCCGGCUCGUUUGUGUUGCCUGUUGAUCCAAAUGACAAGGAAACAUGGGGAGACAGCGAGCAUAGGCUUGCGUAUGUCUCUGAGACCACAGUAAUUUUCAAGGACAUUGUCCAGGUCCGAGAUGAUCAAUGGUGGCGGGCCCUCUCUAGUGGUUAUGUUACCCAGUGGGCAGCAAUGUACCCUCAGAAAAUAGAUGCUCUCUUCUAUGCUCAUUCUCUUGAUGAAGUGAGGGCCCUCGCUCCUCUUCUCGAAAAAUUCCGUUCAACUGUGGGGAGGAAGGCCUAUAUUGCUGUUUCUGGUGGUGGUUUUUGUCCUUGUGAAGAAGCUGCGACUGCUCUUAAGUGGCCAAAGAUUGUCUGCAAGGAAAGGCGAUUCAAGAUCUUUGAUUUGGGGACUGGAGCAAUUUCAGGAGUAUCAAACUCAGAGGUCCCAGUGUUGCAAGCAGUCUACUCCAGCAUGAAAGGACUUAUCAAAAUUCACAACCCCAGUCUGCUGAUCACAGUUGCUGAUAUUGAUAUAAAUAUAAAGAACGCGCUAAAGAUGGCAGCUGAAAGCAGUAUAAAUCGCACUGCACUGGUUCUUUUGCCUAGACCUGUCAUUCCCAAGGUCCUCUGGAUGGCAAAUUUACGACCAACGGCAUUGCCCAAUUGGAAUCGGAUGCGAAUCUCUGUGAACAUCAUCACCCAAAACCGCGCAUCUUCUCUCCAGAGACUUCUUCGUUCUCUCCAGAAUGCCUACUAUCUCGGCGAUGAGGUCCCUCUGAGUUUCAACAUGGACGGCAAGGUUGAUGAGGCCACUCUCAAGAUUGUUGGAUCCUUAGAAUGGGCGCAGGGACCAAAAUUCAUACGGAGGCGUAUCAUCCAAGGUGGGCUGAUUCGAGCUGUGAGUGAGAGCUUUUACCCAUCCUCUGAUGACGACUUCGGACUCCUGCUAGAAGAUGACAUCGAGGUCUCUCCUUACUACUACCUUUGGAUCAAGUACGCACUCUUGGCCUACCACUAUGACCCCCAAGUCUCUCUGCCGGAGCUCUCUUCCAUCUCUCUAUACACUCCGCGCCUCAUCGAGGUGGUAAAAGAAAGACCCAAAUGGAAUGCAACCGAGUUCUUCAAGAAUAGCCAUCCCAACACACCAUAUCUCCACCAGCUCCCCUGCAGUUGGGGGGCGGUAUUCUUCCCAAAGCACUGGAGAGAGUUCUACGCUUACAUGAACUCAAGGUUCACCGAAGAUGCUAAGCAGAAUCCAGUUCAAAUUCCAAAGUCCAGGACUAACGGGUGGCAAGCCUCAUGGAAGAAGUUUCUCAUUGACAUGAUGUACCUGAGAGGUUACGUUAGUUUGUAUCCCAACUUCCCCAACCAAGCAAGCUUUUCAACGAACCACAUGGAGCCUGGUGCACACAUUCGUGCGAAGGACAAUGUGGUGAAGCAUGUCAAAGUAGACUUCGAGGUGCCAUUGAUGAAGGAGGAUUUCACAAGGCUCUUGCCGGCUGGGAAGUUGCCUCCAGCUUCCAAGUUACCAGUACUAAACUUGUUCAACCAAGCAGUCUCUUUGAAAGGCCUCAAGGCAGCAGGGGCGAAGCUCAGACAGGAUGUGAUCAGCUGCGACGAAGCAGAGAUUGUCGCUGUUGAUCAUAGCACUGGAUUGCCGAGGAAAUGCACAAAAUUCUGAGUUAGCAAUUUUUUUGAUUUUUUUUCACCGUAAAAGGUACAUGAUGUAUUUUUUUAGUACAACUCUUAUUUCUUGUUUCUGUUUUUAGGAUGGGGAAAUGUAAUUGUAUUUAGAUGGCAAGAGCUUGUCAGGAGAAAGAAUGGCAGGACAUGUUGCGGUCUUCAAUACUGUGUACUGCUAGAACAUUGUUUGGUCGAAAAUGGGAUAACUCAUUUUCUAAUUCUUGCUCCUGGUUUCUGAAGACCCUGGAAUAAAGGGUAUUUCUUCAUCAAUGCAGCCAAAAGUGGAUUAUAUUUAA